AUGCCAACAUCUAAGCCACCAUCGGUGCCACCGGCACCAAGCCUGCAACCAUUACCAUCAUCUGCAGUACGACAGAACAGUCGUAUUGACCUUCGUGAGAUCAAGUCCAAGAUUGUUAAGACGAUUGGGCCAGAACGAGCAAAGAAGUACUUUCAACAUCUGGAGAGAUUCUUAUCAUCAAAAUUGAGCAAGAAUGAGUUUGAUAAGCUGUGUCUUGUGGCACUUGGCCGGGAGAACCUCCCAUUGCACAACCACCUCAUCCGUUCUAUUCUUUUCAAUGCCUCUGCAGCGAGUGGCCCACCAGCAAUUAAUGCAUCUAAGAUGGCUGAAGAUGUCACCAAUUCAGAACAUACAAUGGUUCCGCAUGUCUGGAAUGGUGACACUUUGAGCAAGCAUGUCAACGACAAACACUCAUUGAGCAGAAGUGUGAACACAUUAACACAGCAUUCAUCACUGACUCAUGGUGAGACUAUCAAUAGGGAGAAUGGUGCUCCAAAUUUGAUUGGUUUGAAGAGAUAUACACAGCUUCGGCAAAGUGAGCAUGUGGAGCCAUUUACCAAGCGAUCAUGUAUGGGGAAGGCACCAUUGAAUUUUCAUGGCUCUCUACAUAGCAAUGGACCUUCUGCUAUAAAUGCUAGAGAAUCCUUGGGAGAAGAAAUUACACAACAUGCUCAAGUUCUGGUGCAAGCUCCAAUUGGGAUUCAGUUUGGCUCUGCUAAUUUUUGCCAGGCUAAAAAACCUUCAGCCAUUGCUUCUGUCAGUUCAGACAAUAGCUCUAUUUGUUGUUAUGACCUUGGUGAACUAUGUGAUACUUUGUCACUUAGAAAGAAAAUGGAAAAAACAGCACAAAUGGAAGGCUUGGAAGGGGUCUCAGUAGAGUGUGCUGAUCUGUUGAAUAAUGGAGUUGAUGUUUUCUUGAAGCAAUUGAUUGGAUCUUGUGUUGAGCUUGUUGGAGCAAGGUCUCAACAUGGUAAACUAAGCCAUGCGGCACUGAAGCAGCAGUUGGGCCGUAAGAUAGUAAAUGGUGUAUCACUGCAAAAUCAUACCCAUGUGCAGGGUGGCAUUAUACCUCCAGGGUCUAAGUCAAUCUCAAUGCAAGACUUAAAGGCAGUGUCAGAGCUAAACCCUCGUCUGCUUGGGGUCAACGCAUCAGGGCUACUUGAAAAGAUCAAUUCACAUGACUAA